AUGUGGGCUUGUGACCCAGCUUUAGUCUCAGAAGUGGUGAACAGUUACCGAGCAGUCGGACCCGUAUUUUUUCAGACUCUGCAGAGUUUACUAGUGGCACAAUGUGCAUUGGUGGGGGACCAUGUAUGGCCUCCUGAUGCUGUGGAUGCGGUCCUUAAUGAUCCCAACUACGACUUCAUAGUGGUGGGAGCCGGCUCCGCAGGCGCAGUGGUCGCUAAUCGGCUCAGUGAGAUAUCGGAUUGGAAAGUAUUACUAGUCGAAGCUGGUGGUGAUCCCAAUUUGGCCACAGAGAUUCCGGCAGCUAUAUGCAAUAACAUCAAUAGCGUUGCGGAUUGGGCCUACAAACCGCAGCCUCAAGAAUUAGCCUGCAGAGGAUAUAAACAAAAUCGCUGCGCGUGGCCUCGCGGGAAGACUUUAGGAGGUAGCAGUAGUAUCAAUGCUAUGUACUACGUCAGAGGAAAUAAAUUAGAUUACGAUGAAUGGGCUGCUAAUGGUAACACAGGUUGGAGUUAUGAAGAAGUGUUACCGUAUUUUAUUAAAAGUGAAAACAUUUCGACAACUUUAACCGAUGAAAAUAAAAAGUAUCAUGGAAAGGGUGGCUAUUUACACGUAAAUAGAAAUGAAUUUAGGCAUCCAAUAGAAGAAAUGAUAUUAAGCGGUAUGAAUGAAAUUGGCGUAAACGAAAUAGAUGACUCAAACGGCGCAAAUCAAAUGGGUGCCUCCAUAGCAUAUAAUACUAUCAAAGAUGGCAUACGACAUAGUACAGCGAGGGCAUUUUUAAGUGUUAUUAAAGAUAGACGAAAUUUACAUGUACUCAAAGAUGCCUAUGUUACAAAAAUCCUGUUUCAUCCUAACACAAAUAAAAUGAAAGGAGUAUUAAUACAAAAAGAUGGAAAAGAAAUACAAGUCAUUGCAAAGAAAGAGUUGAUAAUAUCAGCUGGAUCUAUUAACACACCACAACUACUUAUGUUAUCAGGAAUUGGUCCAAGAAAACAUUUAGAAAGUUUGGAUAUUGAAGCAAUAGCAGAUCUACCGGUUGGUGAAAAUUUACAAGAUCACGUAUUUUUCCCUAUUUAUUACAGUUCUCCAACAAACCUAAUUCUUACGUCAUUUGAUAAUAUUGGAACAGGAUUUUUAGAUUAUAUGUUUACUAAUAAAGGAAUGUUAGCUGAUACUACACCUAGCAGAGUAAUCGCUUUUGUCAACGCCUCUGAUCAAGAUGCUAUAACUCCUGAAGUGCAAUAUCAUUUUCCAGUUUAUACACCUCGAUUAAUAAAUUUCUUUGACAUCUACGGUUCACAUGGUUUUAAAGAUAACAUCCAGAAAUCGUUUCAAGACAUAAAUGAAAGUAAAUUUAUAGUAGCUAUUUUAAACACAUUGUUAAAGCCAAAAUCAAAGGGUACAAUAUUGCUUAAGAGUAAAAAUCCAAAUGAACAUCCUCUUAUAUUUGCUAAUUAUUUUCAAGAGCCUAAAGACCUUGAAGUUUUAAUACAGAAUGCAAAGAAAUUCAGCUUAACAUUAGAGAACACGAAAGCUUUCAAGUCUGGCAAUUACAGUUUAGAAUGGCUGGAUGUAGAAGAAUGCAGAAAAUUUGACAAGGCAUCAGAUGAAUUUUUAGAGUGUUACGCUAGGGAAGUAACAUUUUCUUUGUAUCAUCCAGUUGGAACAGCUAAAAUGGGACCUGAUGGUGACGAGACAGCAGUCGUAGAUCCUGAACUGAGACUUCGGAAAGUAGAGGGCAUCAGAGUAAUAGAUGCAAGUAUCAUGCCAACUAUUGUCAGUGGUAACACUAACGCGCCUACUAUUAUGAUAGGUGAGAAGGGAGCAUCCAUGAUAAAGACUUUUUGGUUGAAGAAUAAAUAACACCAAUAUUACUAGAUUUUAGACUUCGUUAUUUAUUAAAACAUUAUGAUCUUUAGAAGCCCGACAGAAAAACUGCUGGGG